GGCCUGCUCGCCAGAAGCUGAAGUGGCAGUGAAGUGGCAGCGCAACAGGAAGUUUCGAGCAGGGUCAUGGCCUUGAGGGCAGGUGACCACAGCCAGGCUGCAAUGAAUGGGCUGAAGGAAAAGGUGCUGACACUGGACACCAUGAACCCGUGUGUUAAGAGGGUGGAGUAUGCAGUCCGUGGUCCCAUUGUGCUACGUGCCCUGGAGCUGGAGCAGGAGCUGCGUCAGGGUGUAAAGAAGCCCUUCACUGAGGUCAUCCGUGCCAACAUCGGGGAUGCACAUGCCAUGGGGCAGAAGCCCAUCACCUUCCUGCGCCAGGUCCUGGCCCUUUGCGUCCACCCCGACCUCCUCAAUAGCCCCGACUUCCCUGAAGAUGCCAAGAGAAGGGCGGAAAGCAUCUUGAAGUCCUGCGGGGGCCACAGCCUAGGGGCUUACAGUGUCAGCUCUGGCAUCCAGCUGAUCCGAGAGGAUGUGGCGCGGUACAUCCAGGGGCGCGACGGAGGCAUACCCGCGGACCCCAACAACAUCUUCCUGUCCACAGGGGCCAGUGACGCCAUCGUGACAGUGCUGAAGUUACUGGUGGCCGGCGAGGGUCGUACGCGCACAGGCGUGCUCAUCCCCAUCCCCCAGUACCCACUCUAUUCGGCCGCGUUGGCGGAGCUCAACGUGGUGCAGGUGGACUACUAUCUGGACGAGGAGCGCACCUGGGCGCUGGACGUGGCGGAGCUGCGGCGGGCGCUGCUCAAGGCGCGUGAACACUGCUGUCCUCGCGCGCUCUGCAUUAUCAACCCCGGCAACCCCACCGGGCAGGUGCAGACCCGCGAGUGCAUCGAGGCCGUGAUCCGCUUCGCCUUCGAGGAGCGGCUCUUCCUGAUGGCUGAUGAGGUGUACCAGGACAACGUGUACGCCGAAGGCUCCCAGUUCCACUCGUUCAAGAAGGUGCUCAUGGAGAUGGGGCCCCCGUACGCGGUGCAGCAGGAGCUGGCCUCCUUCCACUCGGUCUCCAAGGGCUACAUGGGCGAGUGCGGGUUCCGUGGUGGCUACGUGGAGGUGGUGAACUUGGAUGCCGCGGUGCAGCAGCAGAUGCAGAAACUGAUGAGCGUGCGGCUGUGCCCGCCCCUGCCGGGCCAAGUCCUGCUCCACACGGUGGUUAGUCCGCCUGCGCCCUCGGACCCCUCCUUUACGCAGUUCCAAGCGGAGAGGCGGGCGGUGCUGGCCGAGCUGGCGGCCAAGGCCAAGCUCACAGAGCAGGUCUUCAACGAGGCUCCUGGCAUCCACUGCAACCCGGUGCAGGGCGCCAUGUACUCCUUCCCGCGCAUAGAGUUGCCCCCGCGCGCGGUACAGCGCGCUCAGGAGCUGGGCGUGGCUCCUGACAUGUUCUUCUGCUUGAGCUUGCUGGAGGAGACCGGUAUCUGCGUGGUGCCGGGCAGCGGCUUCGGGCAGCGGGAAGGCACCUACCACUUCCGGAUGACCAUCCUGCCCGCCGUGGAGAAGCUGCGUCCCCUUUUGGAAAAGCUGAGCCAGUUCCACGCCAAGUUCACCCGCGAAUACUCUUGAGUGCUGCUGGGGACCAGGCCCUGUGGGCUGGACUGACAGCGCCCUGGUUUCUGGAGGGUGGAGGGGUCUCGUCUCGAUGCCUGUGGGGCUGGGCCCCUGCCUCUCUUCAGGCCUCUAAUAAAGCUGUGAGAGCCUGGCCGCUUGGCUGAGGUGUGCA